AUGGGUCAAGGGAAAGGUCGUACAUUAUAUGAGAAUCAAUUUUCAAACCAUGAUCCUUAUGAAUCGUUGACGGAAUUCGAUUUGUAUGUCGAGUCUAAAUCCAACGAUACUAUUGGUGCUCCAGUUAGUUUUACUCCCAAUUUAUCCCCCCUGUCUUUACAGGAUAUUGGAUCUAUCCAUUCUUCCUUCAACAAUCAUAUUAGUUCAAAUGACUUGGAACUCUCUGGCCUAGAUUUGAUCGAGUCCCCUCUUUCUAGCACCAGUGCUCACUUGCGCAGUCCCUCUUCUCUGUCCUUUGAAACUAGGUUGCAACAUUCUACGAAAGACCACCUGCUGUCGGAUUUUGGUGGAAACUAUGCCAUUCUUGAUAAUGACAAGGAGUCGCAUUUGCCGGAAGAUCACAACAGUAAAUUGAAAUGGCCCUUCCACAAGCUUAGCGAAGCUUGUGAAAAUUCAAGAUGCCAUUCUAGCAGCAAACGAGGAGUUGGCAUUUUACGUCGCUUUCUUCCUUCCUCUCGUUUGGGACGUUUAAAUCGUGUCUCUCCUUUGCGCACAUCGAGUACUACAGGACUAUCUUCUUCAACUGAUUCACCUGAUAUAACUCCUCUAUCUGUUUCCACGACUCAUCUUCAUCACCCCUCAGCCAGCGAUUCCCAAAACCAGACUCCUUCCCCCAGUCUCAAGACAAAUCUUUCAUCUUCGGAUGUGAAACAAAUGGAUGUUGCUGAACGAUCAAAGUGUUUAGAUGCUUUAUUGGAAGAAAUUCUUCAAUUAGAUUCUGCUUAUAAUGCCGUUGAAAAACGGAUGAUGGAAUCGGGCUGGAGUAGUAUGGAUGAAAUUCGCGAUGUCCAUGCCAAACGUCUAGAUGCUUGGCAAAGCUGGAGACGAAAAUUACUACCUUUACAAGGUAAGUGCUAG